AUGAAUACAAAUUCUUCGUCUGAAUUGACUGUGCUUUAUAAUGGAAAACUCUUCAGCAUCGACACCACAUGCACUUAUAAUCAAAUACUAGAAUAUAUUUCGGAUAAAAUUGGGAAUAAGUCAACAAUUCUUUCAUUGAGUGAUGGUGGCAAUGCCUUCAGAAUUCCAGAUGAGGAGGCAUGAAAAAAUCUAUAACUUCUUACAAUAAAUUAAAAAUACAUAGUCAUAAAUAAGUAUAAGAAUAAGCUAGAUUAUGGGGCCAUAACCUUUAUUAAAAAAACCAAGCUGAUUCUUAUGGUAAAUCCUGAAAAAAUAACAGAUAUUUUCCUGAUAAAUACAAUAGAAAAUAAAGUUAUUGAUAAAGACUAUAGGGUAGUUGGCCACAAACUAAAUAUUCUUUUAAAAUUAAUUUUCAAUAUUUAAAUCUAUUGCUAGAAUUAUAAUUUUAAUCUGCCACAAUAAUGGCAUGAUAUUUAUUGAUCAUAUUGAGCAUACAUUUUUAGAAAAAAUAGCCAACUUUGAUACGCAUUUAAAAGGAUUUAUUCGGUGCCUGUCUUAUUUAUAUAUUAGAUCUUGCUUACUUCCAACCACCCUGAGCAUUUUUUUAAUUGUGAUGAACCCUUAUAUAACCGAAAUUCAAACUUCUCCACCCUAUAUAAUUAUAAAUGAUAUAUCUAGAAGCAAGAUUCCUGAGCAAAUACUAUCUGUCCUUAAUAAUUGAGAUUCUAUGAUCGAGAGUCUUCAAAUAGUAGAAGACGACAUGAACAUUCUUAUGUAUAAUCUUAAUUUCUUGUUAUCUCAAAGGGUAAACAGAAAAAUCCAUAUAACUUCAGGUAAUAGGUUGAAUCUUUCUGGGCUGAAAAUUGCAGAAAAUAAUAUUAAGGUCCACAAAGCUUUAGAUAUAGUAAAGGCUUUGCAAACUAAGGUUAAUGACUUUAAAGAGACUGUUAACUCUCUACCUUGGUCGAACGGCUCUAUUGAUAAUUUACUAAAAAUUGGGGAAAAAUUAGCCAUAUCCUUUAUUGAAUGAUCUUCAUACAUCGAAAAUGAAGCUCAGCCUACACUGCCCAUAUUUAACUAUCUAUCUUUAAUAAUAAUGAAUGCUAGAGAUAUUAAAGUAUAAUAUUCUUAAGUAAUUCUAAUAAAAUUUUAUAGUAUAUUUGCUAAUACAUUAUACAAUUCAACUAUAUGAGUAUAAUUAAUAUAAAAAAAUUUAAAUUAUUAAAAACAUAUCACUUUUUUCCUUAAUUUUAACCCAUCCUUAAUAGCGUGGGAAUCUUCUUGAUCCGAACAUAGGGAUUAAGCAUUCUUUGAAUGUAUAUAAGGAUGGACGAAGCACAGCAAUGAAAAGGAUUUGCUUGAUGUGUAAAAAGGCAAAAGCGUAUGGGCCACAAGAAAUGUCAUGGCUUUUUGGUAUUGGAGAUUAUGCAGGAAUUCCAUCAGAUAUAAGAUUUUAUUAA